GAAAGUAACCUAUCCCCGCUUAUCUCACAAGCAACAAUGGAUGAAAUGUAUGUUUUUUUCAACAAUUACUCCGUGCCAAUGAGUGUCUAUGAUGAUUUAAUGGCACGACUAUGUAAUGACAAUGAUAUUUUGCAACUGGGAGAGAACUCUUUCAAUGAGCAAAUUCCUUUAGAUGAUAUUUCCUUGGAAGUCCUUAAAGCAGUGGAGGGACUAACCAAUGACACAAAUUCAACUACUCUUUUGACCUCAAAUUCAUUAGAGGAAGUGGAAAUUUCAAUUCCACCUGCAGCUGGGGUAGUUGUAUCUGAAGCAUUCACUCCAUUUCAAUCACCAAGCUUCCCAUUGCAUCCUAAUGGUUAUGCUAGUGCUGGUGCUAGUCCAAGUGUUGGUGUUAGUGCUCUUGUUGCUGCUAGUGCAGGUGCUAAUGCUAGUGUUGGUGGCAUUGCUUGUGCUAGUGUUAAUACCAAUGCUAGUGUUAGCACAACAGUUAGGUUAGCAACUUUUGAUCCACAACAUCCUCCUCAAAUUGGCACUUCAUUUGGAAAUUUUGUGUUUCCAAAUACUAUGGGAAACCCAUUCACUCAGUUUCAAUCAUGUUCAUCAUCUGCAAGCUUCCCAAUGCUUCCCUAUGAUAGUAGUAGUAGUAGCAGCAGUUACCAACAAUCUCCAAGGUAUCUUCCGUUCCUAAUGACUGGGAUUGGUCCACAAGGUAUACCUGCAACGAUGCCUCAGUUUAAUCAGGGAAAUUUUUGGCUUCGCCCACCACCUCUCACGGAUUUUCCAAACUUUGUGCAUGCAUGGGAGGGAAGUUUGAUCGGAAGAAUUCACUCAUGUCGCCAAUUCCUUAGUAAAGCAAGGGUAUGAUAUACUUAACUUUUUGUUGAGGAAAUCUUUUGUGGCUUAAAUGUCUAAAUUGUUGGAUGAGAUAUAUCAGAAAGGACUUCUAUUCCUAUUUUUUAUUUGAGCAACCUACAUUGUAACAAUUAUGAGAAUUGACUAAAAAGUAACUGAAUUUUCCCCCUUGUGAAAUAGGU